AUGGCGCGUCACUUGCUGUUAUGGACGUCCUUUCUCAUCUCUGCCUCUGUAGGGUGCUCGGUUGACAAUGUUGCAUCCUUAUUUGGAUCUUCGUUGUCCUAUGGUGCUGAAAUAUCUAUUUGCACAGAUCGCAGCUUCAACGAAACGCUGACUCCUCGAUGGGAUAUUUUUACGCAGCCUACCUUUAGCACUGUUAUCAAGCCUGCCACUAACCAAGACGUCCAAAAUAUCGUGAGUCCAAGAGUCAAAAUUGCCGGGCAGCAUCAGAUUCCAUUCUCCGUCACCAGUGGCGGUGGAGGCGUCACCACAACGCUAUCCAAACUGCAAGAUGGAUUGGCCAUAAACCUCGCCAACUUUCAGUCCGUGAGCCUAGACACAACGCAGAACACGCUCACAGUUGGUGGCGGAGUCGUUUUCUCACAGAUUAUCGACGUGCUCUUCAAGAAUGGAAAAGAACUUCCUAUUGCCUCUGUCUCCUGCCUUGGUGUCAUUUCCACCACGUUGGGCGGAGGCUGGGGCAGCCUACAGGGCCUCAGGGGCCUGCUUAUUGAUAAUCUUCUCUCGGUCCAACUGGUGACGGCUUCGGGCGAUCUUAUUACGGUAUCCGCCACGCAGAAUCCAGAUUUGUUUUGGGCGCUGCGUGGUGCUGGCCAAAACUUUGGUAUAGUAACCUCUGCAACCUACAAAGUAUAUGACGCCACAAACGGUGGACAAGUUGUCAAUGCCGAUUUUGCAUUCACAGCUGCCGACAAUGGCUCUGUGUGGGAGUACAUGCAAUCUUAUGAUGAGUCUCUGCCCGCAAAUAUGGCAUUGAGUGGUUUUGCCUUUGCAAACGCCACCACCCGUGAGGCAACUCUGUGGGUGAAUGUUAUCUACUUUGGCACAGUAGAUGAAGCCAUGCCUCACUUGGAACCGCUCAUUGCCAUGAACCCUACCAACAAAAAUAUCUCCAUGGUUCCUUGGAAUGAAGAAAUAAGCCAGGCUUAUUUCGGAGUUGCAGGUAACGCUUGUACUGCCAAUAAUCGCGUCAAUAUCUACCACGCCGCACUGAAACAGACACAUGUGCCUACCUGGGAAAGCUACUUUGCCAACCUAACGCAGUUCUAUCUCGACUACCCGGCUUAUGCUGGCCGCGUGGUGAUUCAGAAAUACUCAUCCGAGGCAGUUGCCGCUGUUCCGGACUCGCAGACAGCAUAUCCUCUUCGCGACACCAAGACCAUGGUUCUCUUUGAGGGUUGGUAUACCGAUCCCACGCUUGACGGACCAGUUAAUUCGUUUAUGAAACAAUCUCGGCAAAGCUUUGCUGCGACAAGUGGCUACGAUAGCCUGUCUACAUAUGUUAACUAUGCGCAUGGCGAUGAAGGGCCUGUUGCUUGGUAUUCCACUCGCAAGCUUACGAAGCUUAUGAGCUUGAAGAAGCAGUGGGACCCAAAGAAUUUGUUUGGCUGGUAUAAUGCUAUCCCAACAAACUAG